AUCCCGUGGUGGUCCGAGCGAAGGAGAGUGGCUGGCUGUAGUGGAGCUACAAAACCAAUUAGAAUUUUAAAAUGGCUGAUCAACUGACAGAAGAGCAGAUUGCCGAAUUCAAAGAGGCUUUUUCGCUAUUCGACAAGGAUGGUGACGGAACCAUCACCACGAAAGAGCUGGGCACAGUCAUGCGGUCCCUGGGCCAGAACCCCACAGAAGCUGAGCUGCAGGACAUGAUCAACGAGGUGGAUGCUGACGGAAACGGAACAAUAGACUUCCCUGAGUUUCUGACCAUGAUGGCGAGGAAAAUGAAGGACACAGACAGCGAGGAGGAAAUCAGAGAAGCAUUCCGUGUCUUCGACAAGGAUGGAAAUGGAUACAUCAGUGCUGCAGAGCUGCGUCACGUGAUGACAAACCUGGGGGAGAAGCUGACGGACGAGGAGGUCGACGAAAUGAUCAGGGAAGCAGACAUUGACGGAGACGGUCAGGUCAACUACGAAGAGUUUGUACAAAUGAUGACAGCGAAGUGAAGGCCUUGUACAGAUUUUUUUUUCUUGUAUAAAAUUAUUUGCCUUUUCUUUGUUUGUAAUUUAUCUGUAAAAUGUUUAUUCUCCCCUCCCCCUGCUGUCCAAAGGAACUGCAUGUAUACUACUUAGGAUUCAAGUCCUCAUGUCCCUUUUUAUUUUGCUGUCAUCGUAAAAAAAAUUGUUUGCGUGAAGGAGCUGUCAGUCACAUGAA